AUGCACGAGCUCGACGCCGCGAAAGCCGAAUCGCAAUCGGUUCCUUUGAGCUCGAACCCCAUGCCAGACGGGGAACUUGCGACAGAAGACGAAAUUCGAGAAUUAGAACAUGUGGCGGACUCGCUUCCUCUCCGAGUAUGGGUGGCAGCGUUCAUUGGAAUGGCCGAGCGGUUCGCAUACUACGGAACCCAAAGCGUUUUUCAGAAUUAUCUCCAAAAUGAACCCUCGGAUCUCAUUCCUGGAGCGCUUGGUCUCGGAAAAUCGCAAGCUACCACAGUCAAUCUCGCAUUUACCGUACUCGUCAACAUCCUACCCUUGCCAUGCUCGAUUUUAGUAGAUGGAUGGCUAGGGCGAUAUCGAAUAUACAUGCUUGGCUCCGCAGUGUUAUUGGCGACUUCAUUUCCGUGGAUGAUGCGCGACGGCAUAGCGGUAGCUGGAUUCAUUCCCGGGGCAAUCUUGAUCGCGAUUGGCCUUGGAGGAGUACAGGCCUCCCUGCAGCCUUUUAUCGCGGAUCAAUACACCGAGCAUGAAUUGCGAAUUAAAACAACGAAGAACGGCAAGCGCGUGGUUGUUGAUCGCGAGUUGACUAUCCAGUACAUCUAUAACCUCUAUUACUGGAUGGUCAAUGCCGGGUCCCUAGGCAGUAUUGCUACGACCAUGAUGGAGAAAUACAUCGGCUUCUGGUCGGCUUAUCUGCUUGACUUAUGUUCAGUCGUUCUAUGUGUCAUACUGGUGCAGGUUGCAGGACGGAUAUUCGUACACCCACCGGCGCAGGGAUCUAUUCUGCCCAAGGCUUUUCGCUGCCUAUGGUACGGAGCACGAGACGGUUUUGACCUCGACGCUUCUUUGCCCGAAAAUCAGGAAAAGAAACAUGGAAGGAUUGUCCCUUGGGAGAAGGAGUUCAUCGCAGAACUGCGUGACGGACUCUCCGCGUUUAAAAUCUGUAUUGGAUGGCCUAUAUUUUGGCUCUGCAUGGGCGAGGGCGCCCAAGUCGCCAUCUCACAAGCAGGUCAAAUGGAAACCCACGGUAUUCCCAAUGAUCUGAUAAAGUCGUCCAACCCCCUCGCAUACGUUUUCUUCGGCCUCGUUAUCCAGAAAGGGUUAUACCCGUUCCUCAAUCGGCGCAAGAUCCGCUUCAGCCCCAUCAACCGCAUCACACUGGGCUUCUUCAUCAUGUCCAUCGCCAUGGCCUACUCGGCUAUCGUCCAGUCCCUCAUCUACGGUGCCGGCCCCUGUUACAAUCACCCACUUGAAUGCGCGGCGUCGGACGGACGGACCCCGAACAGAAUUCAUGUACUGAUUCAGCUGCCCACGUUUGUGAUCAUCGCUCUGGCUGAGGUGUUUUGCUGGCCCACGGGAUCGGAAUAUACGUACAGUCAUGCGCCGAAAAGCAUGAAGUCUGUCCUUCAGGCGUGCUAUAUCGGAACUUCAGGCCUGGGUUAUGCCCUUGGCAUGGCCUUCUCGCCCCUUGCUAAGGAUCCAUUGUUGGUGGUUUUGUGGAGUGUCGUGGCAGGCAUGAUGUUCUUGACUGCUUGUGCUUUUCGAUUCGCAUAUCGGCACUGGAAGUGA